AUGGUGAACUAUGUAGGGCCUAGAGAUGGUGCUCAGGGCGAUGGAUUAUCGCGGAGAGACGGUACAGCGAAUUACCAUCUCCAGCUCUGCCAUUGGUUGGAAAGCGGUGCACCUUCGUGGUCGAUGGAUGGGUGUACCUGUAUGAAAGCAUCUUCGAACAGCGACCUUGUAUUCCAAGCGAUGCCAUUGGUCGAGCGACGUCUACAGGACAGUCAUGACAGUAGUACAUAUGGAUAUCGGUACGAGUACGACCUCUGA